CCUCCACCGCGGGCGAAAUUCAGAAAAAUGAGGGACAACAUUCCAAGGUUUUACAAGCUUGUUGGAUUGCCAAAGUGGCUUGCCAAAGCCCACAAUAUUGAGGCCUUCGCGAAAGUCCAGUAUGACAAGUAUCACCCCAAUGAAUAUUCUGAAGAGGAGCCUAUUCACCCUUUAUCAACCGAGCCCAUUAUUGGAGACUCCAAAUGCAAUUUUUGGCUGCAAAAACACCCUUCUGCUCUGAGCUCGUUUAAUGGGAUAAUGAGCGCUGCAAAGGGGAAACAGAUUGUUGUGUUUUUGGAUUACGAUGGAACUCUGUCGCCAAUUGUUAGUGACCCUGACAAGGCCUUCAUGUCUGCUCCGAUGCGCUUAGCCGUGCACGAAGUUGCCAGACACUUCCCGACAGCUAUUAUAAGCGGAAGAAGCAGAGACAAGGUGUUUGGAUUUGUGGAGUUAGAUGAGGUGUAUUAUGCUGGCAGCCACGGAAUGGAUAUUAUGGGACCUGCAACGCAAGUUAAAUCCUAUGAUGCUAAAUACCAGACCAGAACAGUUGAUAAAAAGGGGAAUGAAAUUUCAGUUUUCCAGCCUGCUCAUGAUUUUUUGCCUUUAUUAGAGAAGAUGUUAGGUGAGCUAAAAGAGGCAACUUGUGAUGUAAAGGGAGCAUUCAUAGAGGACAAUAGGUUCUGUAUCUCUGUGCAUUAUCGGCAAGUCUUGGAAAAGGACUAUGCAUUACUAGAGAAGAAAGUCCAUGCCAUACUCUCCAACUACCCAAAAUUUCAUGUGACAAUAGGGAAGAAGGUCCUGGAGAUCCGACCAUCGAUCAAGUGGAACAAAGGCCACGCGCUGCUCUACUUGCUCGAAGCUCUCGGAUUUUCUGACUCCACCAAUAAUGUCUUCCCCUUUUACAUUGGAGAUGACAAAACUGAUGAAGACGCUUUUAAGGUACUCAAGAGUAGAGCGCAUGGUUGCCCUAUAAUAGUCUCCUCUGUCCCAAAGGAGACUAUGGCUUCUUACUCGCUUCGCGAUCCUUUAGAAGUUUUAGCUUUUCUGAAUCGGUUAGCAAGAUGGGGCAAGAUCAAUGCCAUAACUUCUCCAUGAGAUCACUUUCUUCGCCGUGCGACUUGCAUUGGCUUGACUUACAUUCUGUAUAUAUAAAUAUAUGUGGAGGAGGGAAUACAAGGAGGAAUGAGAAGAAGUUCAUACAAGGUGCUUUUGUUUUUGGAAUCCGCCUUGUAUAAAUAUUCUCAUAGAGAAAGAAUAGUUUAGCAGUAUAUGUAUAUUUAUAUUUAUAUAUAUAGUUGGUAAAUCUUCAGCUGGGCGAAAGUUUUUGUGCCUCAGCUGCUAUAUUUUAUUCUCUCUGGUUUUCUUUGCUUUUUGGUUAUCAUGUUUAAAACUCGGGAUGUGUUUUUAAGGGUCUAUCGGAUAUGAAUGUAUUAAUGUAAAUUACUUUUGUUUAGUUGAACUUCUUUAAUUUG